ACAUUCUGUUACAACACAAUCGUAUUUCGGCGCUCUUAUCACACCGCGUACCGAUAUUGCGAUGCAUAUGUCGUUGAUAAAAUAGAUAGGUACGAACCAGUUAUCAAGUCGUAAACAAAGCCAGUUGUUAUUGCGUAUUGUCACACAAUAGACGUGCUGAAUUAAUAUUGACUUAUGAAUGAAAUGCCGAGUGGUUAGUGUGAAGGUGUUGACAAGAUGACCAGGUCGAGUUACCGGCCUCUGGUGCCACGAUCCUCCAACAAUUCCUUGGAGAAUCAGGAGCUUGGGACGACGUCUCCACCUGGUGAACCUUUGGUCCGUGCUCCGGUAGGCAAGCCGAGAUGCCCUCCAGCUAUCUCACGGCUGAGAGUGGAGAAAGUGGAAGGCGGGCUAGCAGUUGCAGGAGUAGUUGUUGCGGCGAACUGCCAGAUCAUAUUGCCGAUAUUCGGAUUUCUGUUCAUGCUCGUUGGGUGUGUUCUCACAGCGGCGUCGUACCGAGGUUGCGGUGAGAACGAAGAGCCAGACCACUAUGCGGCCAGGAUCGCCUUCACCGGAAACUCGCGGGUGCUCGGCCCUGUGUGCAUCGUUGCCGGUGCUCUUAUGACAUUAGCUGGUAUAGUCCUAUGUAUGUUAAUGCGCGCUGCCCAGCGUCGCCAGCGCAGGCUAGCGUUCCACUGCCCCAUACACGGGGACUUCUACCCGCUUAGUCCGCAGAGCACCAGAAAAUAUUCACGUAGCCCAGGUGGCUUGUGGCGCUGGCUGCGUGGCUGGCUUGGCAUGAUCGAGGAGGGGGAAGCACCGCGUUGCCCGCGUUCCACGGAACCAGCUUCACCGGCACGCGCCGACGCGCCGUGUCCGCCUCCUUUACCUUUUCUCGUGCCGAGCGAUUCUGUUGUAGGCAUGGCGUCAGUUUUGGGUGCGCCGUUGAGCCCUGAACAGACUUUCGGAUCGAUCAAAUCGUUGGCAAUCUCCAGAGAGGUUGCCAGCUUUCCUUUGUCUCGGUCGCCGACUCCGCCCCCAAUGAGUUGCCCACCAUUCAAGGAUGAGUCAAAAGUCGACAGCAUCCCAAACGCAGUGCCCCCGCAUUCGGACUACGACUGCGGGUCAACGACCUACAACUAUCGCGUGGUGGAAUGCAAGCUCACCACCACAGACGAAAUAUUCCGAAGCGCCCCGUCAUCUGCGGUGUUUACAGAUAACAUACAGAGACCUGCUACAGUGUGUAUAUCUAUACCGAACGAAGGGAAAGGCUAAAUAAGUCGGUUUCAAAAAAUAAUAGAUAUAAAAAUCAGUGUUCAAAUACAGAAUGGCUGUUUGUAUUUUAGUAUUAACAGAGGUCUUUGACAAAAUCAAUUUUCCACACAAACUGAAAUUGUAUAUCAAGGAAAUAUAGUAUGGAAAUUAUAGUUGGGAAAUAAUUGACUUUCUACAAAUGUAUUCCAUAAUUUUUUAUCCAACUUAUGUGGAGAAUAGAUUUCGUCUACAAUAACUAAGGUUGGCGUCGAACUUUAGUCAGGUCUUUUACCAUAAUAAUCCAUCAUGGUCCGACCAAAUUGGUUCGUCUGUUAUCAACUUAUAGAAUGGAACUUUUUUAUGUUACUGUGUGUAUUGAAAUUAUAUUAUAAGAAGUGUGUUGACGACUUUAUUUUGACUGGUCGUCUAAUCGACCAUUCCAUGGAUGUGAAAUGGUACAGGGUUAUUUUGGAAAUACCGCCAUUUUCAUAGAAUCGUAUUUACGCCUGUGAAAGAAAUAAGCUUUUUUUUUUUUAAAUAUCGCAUUUUUUAUACCACGCAGACGUUGUUAAUAGGCUUAUAGAUCAAAAACCGAGAGAGUUUUGCUAGUAAAAAUUAAAUUUAUUUAGAACAGAAAUGUUUCACAACGAAAAUUGAUUAUUUUAAUCCAAAAAAACUCUGUUAUACCGGUAUUUAAGAUAUAACCCUGUAUGAAAUUAUAUUUAUUUGUCAUCAAUAAUUAAUUACAGUAAGAAAAAUAAUAAUUAUUAUCUGUAAAGGACUAAAACGUUUCGAAUCUGCUCAAUCACGUUGGUCUUCCGCUAUGCUUCUUUUGCUUCACACACUAAAAAUAGUACUCCGACAUCGAAAUUCAAAAUUUUUAACUGUUUUUGUAUUUAUCUUCUAUUAUUCUACACACUCAAAACAUGGAAAACUGUAAUUUAAAAUAUAUUUUAUCUCUUGCACGUUAUUAAAAUAGACCUACAAAAUAAAAAUCAUGCAUUUAUGUUUAAAGCCUGUAUGUAAACGUAUCUGUUUAUUACUGAUCU